UAAAAAGGCAGCUGCCUUGACUUCUUUCGCUGAGUCACAGAGCUGAGAAUAGAGGGAAGAGAGCCUUGCUGCCUUUAUCCACUGGCUGGACACUAGCAAGACGGCAUCAUGGAGUGUGUGAGUCCUGGAUUGUUACUGUUAGGACAGCAGGCUGUUGCUGCUGAGAUUGUAAGAUGUGCUACUGUAACUGAGCAGGGCUGGAGAACUAAGGGGCAUUAAUAAGAAGCCGGUCAGAGGCAGUAAUGGUUCUGAAUACCAGUUAUUGGAAACUGUAGGAAGGGAGAGGGCUCUUGCGCCCAGGUCCUGCUUGCAGAUUUCCACGGGCAUUUGGUUGGCCACUGUAAGAAUAGGAUGGUAGAUAGAUUAGAUGGGUCCUUGGCCUCAUCUAACAGGUUCUCCUGAUGUUCUCGGGUUCUUCUCUUUGGAGAAAAGUUAGUCUGUUUCCUGAUAACUGUUGUGCGCAACUUGCAUUUCUUCUUGUUUCUGGUUUCUUAAGUGAACAUUCUUGGUGCUUUGUCAGCAGGACUGAUCUCUGUUGAUGAUGCUGUGCCAUCACACACACACACACACACACACACACACACACACACACACACACAGCUUUCUAAAAAAGAUUGGUGUCUUGUCCUAAAGAGCUUAUUAUUUCAGGAGAGACAAAGGUAACUGAAAAGAUGAAUGCAUGCAACAACAACAACAGGCUCAAAGGGGAUGUGAGCAGGCUCAAAGGGGAUGUGAGCCAAGGUUUUAAGUAAGGACCUCACAGAAUAGACUGGGAUUUCUAAAGCCCAGUGUGUAAACUCACUGUACUGAACGAUGCUCUUAGCAUUUAAAUUUCACAGUGAAUCUGGUGGCUUCCUUCUCACAGGAUAAAAGGUAAAGGGACCCCUGACCAUUAGGUCCAGUCGCAGACGACUCUGGGGUUGCGGCGCUCAUCUUGCUUUAUUGGCUGAGGGAGCCGGCGUACAGCUUCCAGCUCAUGUGGCCAGCAUGACUAAGCUGUUUCUGGCGAACCAGAGCAGCGCACGAAAAUGCCGUUUACCUUCCCGCCAGAGCGGUACCUACUUAUCUACACUUUUGAUGUGCUUUCAAACUGCUAGGUUGGGCAGGAGCAGGGACUGAGCAACGGGAGCUCACCCCGUUGCGGGGAUUUGAACCGCCAACCUUCUGAUCGGCAAGCCCUAGGCUCUGUGGUUUAACCUAUAGAUCUAACUCUAAACACAUUUAGGGUUCUGAUUUGGACUGAAGGAGUGGUGCUGGGGAAACUAGCAACUUAGUGCUGAAUUGGAACAAAUGCUGGAUAGCUCCGUCGGUUAGAGCACGGUGCUGAUCAUGCCAAGGUCUCAGGUUUGAUCCCCAUUCGGGACAGGUCCGUGCUCCUGCAUUGCAGGGGGUUGAACUAGAUGAUGCCCAGGGUCCCUUCCAACUCUGAUUCUAUGAUUCCUAUGAAAUGGCAGCCAUGCUUUCUGCAGAUUGCUGUUUGUUCCAAUUUAUCACUAAAGAGCGGGUUUUGUAGGGGGUAGUGGCGGAGCAAAGGCAAAACCGCUUGGAUCUGUGCUUGCUAGGCAUGGGGCAAGCCAAAGUGUGGACAAGCCCUGUCUAUUCCUACCUGGCUUAGCUGUUGCUGCUUCCUUGGUCCUGUAUUCUCAUUUCCAUUUUCCCAGGGACUGCAUGCAUCGGGGGUUCAUUCAAGAGGGGCUGGCUGUGGAAUCUGAAGACAAAUUUUAACUGCUAUGGCCAUCACUUGUUUUUAGCUGGACAAAAGAGGAUUGAUCCAGAUGCAGAUAGCCAAGGCCAUCUUGGUUUGGAGAGACCCGUUACACAAAAAUCCCUGGAGGCCUUUGCCCACCUGGCCUGGGACGCCUCGGACUGACUCCAGCUGCAAAAUCUGAGGCUGCUGAACCAACUAGGGUGUUGGGGUAUUGCUUAGUGGGGUUUUUUUUGGGGGGGUGAGGUUGUUGCUGGUUUUUGAUACUAAUUUUUUUGUAUCUUAACUUUAGAUCUUAUGUUGAUAGUUCGAGCCCACCCAGCUGUGGGAGAGAUUCCUGCGCUGCGGAGGAUUGGAACAUAAGGGUUGCCAUAUGUCUGGAAUUUCCAGGACAUAGCCGGGAUUCGGUAGUCAGAAACAGUGUCAGGGCAGAAAUAGCUGAAAUGUCUGGGGAAAUCCGGACAUUUGGCAACCCAUGUUGGAAGUGUAGAUUUUGGUGAAUUUCAUUAAAAACAGCUCAAAAACAACUACUUCUUUUGAGAUAAAACUCAACAACUUUGUGUCCGAAUUUUCACUUUUUUAAAUAUGGCAACCCAAUAAUAGAGGAACCUGGGGGUCCCUUACAACUCAACAUUUCUAUGAUUCUAUGGUUCUAUGUGGAAAGUGUUUAAUUUUGUUGUGUAUUUUGAAGUUUUAUUUAUUGUUUAUGACUACUGUAAUUAUAGGGACGCGGGUCGCACUGUGGGUUAAACCACAGAGCCUAGGACUUGCCGAUCGGAAGGUCGGUGGUUCAAAUCCCCGCGACGGGGUGAGCUCCCGUUGCUCGGUCCCUGCUCCUGCCAACCUAGCAGUUUGAAAGCACGUCAAAGUGCAAGUAGAUAAAUAGGUACCACUCCGGCGGGAAGGUAAAUGGCGUUUCCGUGUGCUGCUCUGGUUCGCCAGAAGCGGCUUAGUCAUGCCGGCCACAUGACCCGGAAGCUGUACGCCGGCUCCCUCGGCCAAUAAAGCGAGAUGAGCGCUGCAACCCCAGAGUCGAUCACGACUGGACCUAAUGGUCGGGGGUCCCUUUACCUUUACCUUACUUAUUCUUACAGAAACUGCUCUGUCGUCAUUUGGUAGUAUGUGUUGCACACACACCUUUACUGUAAUUAUGCUUUCCCCCCCAAGGUUGUAAGCCGCCUUGCUCAUGGCUUUAACUAUGGAAAGGUGGCAUACAAAUAAAAUUAUGCAUUUAAGGGGUGUGUCCUUAAGUUCUGACAGUGGCUGGUUGGCUGGAGGACAGAGAAGGAUGUGUACCCCAUUAUGGCACUUUUGAAAUUAUGAUGGUAGCUCCACCCACAUUGGCCUCUGCCCCCACCCACAACUUGCAUGUGGUCCCGGGAAAGUAACCACAAAGUAAAUAUGGCCCUCAAGCUUAAAGAGGUUCCUAUUUAUUGUCUAUUUAUUUAUUGCUGGUUUGCUUCCUUUUGUCCUGUCUUGUAGCGACUGGGAAGUCUGCUCCUCCAUGAUCCAUACUUUCUUUUCUUUUUUUAAAAUUUUCAAAGAUCUUUAUUGAAACGUAACAUAUAUACAUAAUAACCAAAAUUCCCAAUGAUUCCCUCAUAAAAUAUCUAAAUUACAACAGCGGCAUAAUUAUACACUUAAUUAUAACCCCCCCUCUACUUCCCUCCACAGGAAUUCAACUUCUUUAUAUUUCUUUCUACCUUUCCCCCCUUGCAUUCUAUAAUAAAUUAGUUUUGUUAAAUUCUAAUUUUUCCUUCUUUAUUGGUUUUGUUAUUGCUUACAUUUUUUAUUCUAAGCCUAUUAACGUGUCAUUUUUAGAACAAUAUUUUGACAUAUCAUCUUCGAAAUACUUCCACUCCAUUCUUAACUUUUAAUUUGAUUGAUAUCUUAUCAUUGAAGUUAAUUUUGCCAGUUCUAUACACUCACUUAAUUUACAAAUCCUUUGUUGGUGUAUCCUGAGAUUUCCAUUUAGUAGCAAUCACUACCCUGGCAGCUGUUGUUGCAUAUAAAAAGAUUGUUUUUUUCAUAUGUGGUAUGUCUUUAAUAAUACAUGAGGAACUUAAGAAAAUGCUUUAAAAAAAAACCUUGAUAAAAAAACCCUGAAGCUUAUCUGUUAGGGUUUCUGGGCAAAGACAUGAUCCAUACUUUCAAUUUGGUUUUCUUGGUUUAAUUUCCACUCCUCUUUCUCCAGGGCCGUCUUACCCAUAGGCGAUAGGAGUGCAGGGCACCCGGGCGCUGGGAUCUCAGGGGCGCCAGGCCGGGAGUCCGAGGCCCGAGAGUUGAGUCUGGGGAAGAGCCCACCCAUUGGUCGGAGCGUCGCGGUGGGCUCUUCUGCUGCGGGCGGCUCUGCGCCGCGAGUUUGGGGGCGACCGAGCCAGUGAGAUGCUGAGGCAGCCUGCUGGUUCUGCUCUCCUGUGCACCUGGGACUGGGCAACCUGGGGCUGGUGGUGUCGCCGGGCAGAUCUUUUCACCCCGGCGCCACAUAUGCUUAAGACAGCCCUGCUUUUCUCUCCUGAAUCUCAAAUAAGUCUUUCCUCUCCUGCUGCAGGGACUAGUUGCUACUCAUCUGAAACUUCAGCAUGGAGAGACGGUUGAGGUGAAGGGGAAGAUCUUGCCCGAUUGCAAAGAGUAAGUUGAGAAGGAGGGGAAAGUGUCUCCAAGUAAUACUGGGACUUGUGGUGCUUUUGCUCCUGCUUGUGGUGGGCUGAGGAACCUUAGGUUACAGGAGCCAAGUGGGGUCCUCCACACCUCUGACAUAUGGCCCUCGGAAGCCUGCCCAGAAGAGAAUGCAGCCCUACCUUACAAGGUUGUUGUGAAUUUAUAAAAUUUUUAUUAGUUUUUUUAACAUAUGAUUUCCAACAAUCAUAUAACAUAACUUCUUAUCUUAUACAAUGUUUUAGACUUCCAUCAACACCUCUGAUGAUUUUCCGUUCUUUAUCACUUAUUCUGCAUUUCUUAAUUUAUCUAUUACUCUUAAUUAUCAUCAACUAAUAAUUCUCCUCAUAGUCUUUCUUGCAAUAUUUCAUACAGUCCUCCUUACAAAACUUCUUGCAGUCCUACUAGCGUAAUCUGUUCAUUACUAUUACUUUUCAAAUAGUUCGUAUAUUUACUCCAGUCUUCUAAGAAUCUCUGGUCCUGCAGGUUUUGAAUCCUUCCUGUUGAUUUAUCCAGUUCUGCAUAGUCCAUCAAUUUCAUCUGCCAUUCUUCUUUCGUCGGUAAUUCUUCUUGCUUCCAUUUUUGUGCCAAAAGGUUGUUGUGACUUAUUGAAGGGGGAAUGUGGGGCUGGGGCAUUGGCAUGAGUUAUGUAUCAUAAGUGUCAUGGGGAAGCAUGGUUUAGGCUCCAUCAUUUCACCUCAUCUCUCAGGCUUCAGGGAAUCCGAUCCCGCCCCCAGUGGCAGCCAGUAAGCAGACAAACAAGAGGAAAUCUUACCAAGUACCGUAUUUUCUGGCAUAUAAGACAACUGGGCGUAUAAGAAGACCCCCAACUUUUCCAGUUAAAAUAUAGAGUUUGGGAUAUACUCGCCAUAUAAGACUACCCCUCUUCCAACGCACACCAAAUAAUUUUUUUAAAAACCAGUCUCCAGUCCGGCUCAGAAAUCCACUCCACUUCCCAGUGGCUGGCGGGGGGGGGGGGCAUGGCCGGGUCUGUUUAAACAGAGGAGCAAGCCGGAGGGCUUCUUCUUUGGCUCGCUUCCUCAAUUGCUAGGAUGUCACUGAACUUCGCUUGGUUAUUGCUUUUGUUGGACCUGCUGAAGCAUUUUGGGGGGAUUUUUUACUGCUUUUGUUAAGCUGCUCUCGUGGAAUUUGCUUGGGACGUGGAACAGCUGACAGGCACAGUUUCAACCCAGGGUGGUUGGAAAAAAGCCUUUAUUGGAUGCCCUGAUCAAUUGGCAGUGGGUGAGUCCAUCGCUGUGCGUGGGGAGCAGGGCAUUUAAGGGUAGUGCUGCCUCAAUUGCCGCUCUCGCUUUACAACUUUGUUGUUCACCUCAUGGUGAAAAAGCUUCUGGGUUCAAUUUUAAAGCGUAUUUCUGCUUCCUCUAGAGAGCUUGGUGUCCUCUGAUUUAAUUUGCUGUCGUUUUGUCCUUUGGUGGGGAGUUGCUGCAGGAGCUGCUGCUGUAGCCAGCGUAUAAGACGACCCCCGACUUUUGAGAAGAUUUUCCUGGGUUAAAAAGUAGUCUUAUACGCCAGAAAAUACAGUAAUUUAUUCCAUAGUUCACAGAGACAAAGGAAUGCAGCCUCCCUAAAAUAAUGGCAUUGCUCCAAAUAAAGUCCAACCCCCUCCAUCCCUCCUAUUCUACGUCACCCUUAUAAUGGCUAAUCUGAGCUUUCUGCUUAUGAGCCUUCUGUUCUACAACCCUUAAUGCUUGCCUGGUCCUGGGAGCGGGGUGGAAUCAGGAAUGCUCUCCAAAGACACUGAGUCUGUUAGUUAUCUCUCCCCCAGUGUUUUUUCUUCCUGCUGUCCCUCUCCCAAUAUUUCCCAUCUCCACUGCAGCCUCUGAACUAUGGCCUUCUGCAAACCACUGUUCCAGAUCUAUACUGUCCUCUUGUUCUUGGGAAGGUUCAGGAGAAGGUCCCCCACCAUUCCUCCUCAGUCCACCCCCUGACAUCAUCAGUCUACCUGCAGCUUGAGACAUAUAACUGCUGCAGAAUACUCUGCAACAAUGAGUGGUGUAACCUGGUUUUUUAUUUUUAUUUUAAAAUCGAAGUGUUUUCAAAUCACACAGAAGAUAUUCCAGCUAGCAGGUGUCUAUGCCUAGUAUAGGGAGCUGCAUAGCAGUUGCUGCUUCUAUGAAAAUCCAAUAAGCUACUCACACAUGUGUUUCUUCUGAACAUAGGUGUGUCAGUUGGAACUUAUAAUAUGGUUUAGCUCUGUAGAUUGCAUAGUAUAAGUAUAAAGGUUGUCAUAACUUAAAUAUGACAUGAGACUCUCUCUCUCUCUCUCUCAUUUUUAUUAAAUUUUCUUUUUUGCAAUUUAAAAUACUCAUUUUAACAUCCUUAAAAUAUCAAUGACUUCCCUUCUUCUUUUUCCAUGGUUUAUUUUGCAUAUCAUAAAUCCCUGCAUAUUUUACAAAAACUAAACCAUUCAGUAUUCCAUCAUUUCAUCCAUCAAAACUUAUUUACACUGUUUAAUUUAUCUUAAUGCUGCCAACGUUUUCAGGGGUACACAUCCCCCCAUAUAUUCAAUAAACAUUUUCCAGUCUUUUCUAGACGUAUAUUCUUCUUGUUCUCUUAUUCUGUAUAUUAAAUCUGUGAGCUGCACAUAUUCUGUCAACUUAAGUUGCCAUUCUUCUUUAGUUGGGACCUCGCUCGUUUUCCAUUUUUAAAUAUGACAUGAUAUUCUCCAUCACAAACAUGACUUGACAUUGGUACAAGCCUCAUUCCAGCCUCAUCUCAAAACGUGCCCUGAAGGUAUUCAGGGGAGCAUCGUGAGUUCCUCACGCCUUGUAUAAAGGUCAAUGCAUGUACAUCAAGUUGCCAAGUAGAAUCUAUUCCAGGCAUAGACAAACUCAGCCCUCCAGAUGUUUUGGGACUACAACUCCCAUCAUCCCUAGCUAACAGGACCAGUGGUCAGGGAUGAUGGGAAUUGUAGUCCCAAAACAUCUGGAGGGCUGAGUUUGCCUAUGCCUGGUCUAUCCCAAUUCUUGGAUGGGGGCCAUCAGUAGACCAGGCAUAGGCAAACUCAGCCCUCCCGAUGUUUUGGGACUACAAUUCCCAUCACCCAGUGCAGUCAAAGCUCACAAGGGUGAGUUUCAUUCAAACUAAUUUGCAAAAUGGUUGAGCUGGGCGGAAACUCUGGGGGAAAGACAACAAGAGCUACUAGAAUUGCUCGCCUCAAGCACCCCUCCAUUCCCCACUAAGAUGUAUUAGCAAGAAAUAUUAUGAAUACACCCAGUUCAGAACAGCUGGUGGGCUCUCCUAGGUCCCAAGGAAUCAGCAAACACCUUAAGGACAGAUCUAUUCUGUCUCCCACCCCCACCUCAAUUUCUUAACUUGCUAUUAGUGUGGGUUCUCUGGCAAAAUUGUCAGGCCCAUGCCAGGCUUUGAAAAUAAGUUAAGGGUUCUGUCCCUCUCCAGAUCAAGGUGUGUACGUAUGGUAGGAUUUGCUGCCUGCUAAAAUUGUAAUUUUACCGUCUGAAACAGCAUGCAUGGAUUCUGCAAUUUUCACUUUGUGUAAUAAACUGAGCUUUCUUUUUUGAUUUCCCUCUCAACCAUCUUAAGGGUAAAGCUAUUGGAUUUUCUCCAUAAAAAUUAUUGGGUGACCUGUCUGGCAUUUCAGGUGUCUUUAGGAUUGCCAGCCCAGAAUAAAACGACGUUAUUGGAUGCCAGGGGUUUUACUUAGGCAGGAAUAGAGGCAAACAAUAUUUGUAAACGGACAUGUGUUAUAGCGCUAGCAAAAGAUCCCAAAGCUCUUGUUGUGGUGGGGUGUGCGUGUGUGUCGACACAUGUGAGUGUUUGUCACGCAUGUGAAUUCUGACACAUACAGCAACAGUUCUGUCUGCCAUUCUUUCCAAGAUUUGUUGUGAAUCUGGGCCAAGACUGCGACAACAUCGCCCUUCACUUCAACCCGCGUUUUGACUGCAAGGGGGAUGUGAACACCAUCGUGUGCAACUCUAAGGAGAAUGGGGAAUGGGGAGAAGAGCAGAGAGAAACCGACUUCCCUUUUGAGCAGGACGGCAAAGUUCAGGUGAGGGCUUAGCAGUGUAUAAAGGUAAAGGUACCCCUGCCCGUACGGGCCAGUCAUGUCCGACUCUAGGGUUGUGCUCCCAUCUCACUUAAGAGGCUGGGGGCCAGCGCUGUCCGAAGACACUUCCGGGUCACGUGGCCAGCGUGACGAAGCUGCUCUGGCAAGCCAGCACCAGCACAGCACACGGAAACGCCGUUUACCUUCCCGCUAUAAAGCAGUACCUAUUUAUCUACUUGCACGUAGGGGUGCUUUCGAACUGCUAGGUGGGCAGGAGCUGGGACCGAAAGACGGGAGCUCACCCUGCUGUGGGGAUUCGAACCGCCGACCAUAUGAUCGGCAAGUCCUAGGCACUGAGGUUUUACCCACAGCGCCACCCGCGUCCCGGUAUACCAAAUGCAUUUAGCAGUGUAUACCAAAUGCAUUUACUGAAGAUGUGCAGAAAAAUGCAUAUAUUGGGGAUGUUCAGCUUAUUUUUUUAGUUGCUGUUUUGUUGUUAGUGUUUUAUAGACUGUGAUUGUUUUAUUGAUGAUUAUUUGACUGAUGAUUUGUUAAUUAUUUUAUAUGAUCAAUGCUGUGUUUGUGAUGCUCUGUUAUAUUUUAUUAUGUCAUUGCUAUUUAUAGUUUUUGAGCCGCUUUGAGAUUCAUUUGAUUCAUUCAUAGAAAUAAAAUCUGCUCAUCCACUCCAAUGGAGGCGAGUGGAACAGGCAGGGAGGUGGCUUUCCUGGGAUUCCUGGCAUAAUAAUAAUAAUAAUAAUAAUAAUAAUAAUAAUAAUUACUUUAUUUAUUAUUUAUACCCCGCCCGUCUGGCUGGGUUUCCUCAGCCACUCUGGGCUGCUCCCAACAGAAUAUUAAAAACACAACAAAACACCCAACAUUGAAAACUUCCCUAAUCAUGCAUGAAGGCAGUAUGUUGAGGUGAUGAAGAUGCGAAUCGACACUCUCUGGACAGCCACUCGUACUGUCUACAAAAUGGCUGCCAUUCCCCUUUGGGGCAUGUUAAAGAAAAAGAAAAAGAAAAAGGCGUCUCCCACACUCGCCAUGAUUCUUUCUUUUGCUUCUUGCAGCUUUCCUUCACCUUUCUUCCAGGUGAGAUCAAGGUGCUUCUGGCAGAGGGCCACGAAAUCUCCUUCCUCAACCGGCUGGGCCUGAAGACCAUCGAGUACAUUGCGGUGGAAGGAGACUUCAAGAUCCGAGUCCUCAAAUUUCCCUAAUCUAGUCCUCCGUCGCCUUGUUACAUGGCUGAACAAAACUCAGUUGUGUUCUUCCAAAAAAAGUAGGCCGCUUAACAUGGUUCUGUUUUAUAACUUGGAUGGGGAAAUCUUUCUCACCCAAAGAGUUGCAUUCCCUCCUGGGCGACCUCCCAGUGCAUCAAAAAACAUCUCCAUGGUGAAAGAUGAAUAAAUUUUGGGGACAGUCAA